AUGCGAUCGUUCUUUGGAGGCCAACAGAAGCAAACUCCGCAAACAAUUCUCAAGGAACUUCUUCAUAACGUCUCGCAGUCCCAAACAACUAAAAUUUCACCACAACAAAUUGGAUAUUUCAUGAAAUACACUCAAAAUAUCGAUUUAGCCGGUGAAUUAGUUUUAGCAUUAACAGAUCACAUCGAUCAGCAUGCAAACGAACCAGCAGAUGUUUUGAAAACAUUACAAAUUCUCUUCUUUUGUCUUUCAAAAGCCCAUGAUACAGUUCUUCCUGCUGCUCAAGCAUUUGCUCCAGAAAUUGCAACAAUAUUCUUACUCUCAUUCGAAAAAUCCAACUGCACAUUGAGAGAUGCUGUUCAUCUUCUCACACGUACAAUAUAUAACCAUUUAAUUCGUAAUGAGCCAUUACCAUCUCUCGAAUCAUACGGCUUGAACUUUGAUGUUCAAUCCCCUCCACCAGCAGAGUCUCGCCAGCAAAGACCAUCUAACAGAGCUCCUCCAUUAGGAAGAUCUAAUAAACAAGGUCAGCAGCCAUUCCACAACCAUCCAGAACCACAUAGGCAGCAGACCAGUGAAGAUCUUUUCGACUGGAAGGACAACGAAGAUGCCGGAAAUGGCGACAAAUUCGGUGAAAUGCAAUCUUUCGAUACGAAACAAUCAGCUCCUAAGCCAAAGAGCGAGAUGAACUUACCAGAAAAAGACAGGCCAAGGGCACCAGCAGCCUUCGCAAACGGUGGACAUAUCGCGGCAUCGAAUUUACCAAGGGGAGAUGACACUUUAAUCAACUGGGAAGACAACGAACCAGAAGAUGAAGCAGCUCCGAAGAAAGAUCCAGUACAAGACGUGUUUGGCGAUGUACAAUUUGGCUCAUUUGAGACACAAGAUACAAAAUCGAAUGAACCAGAUCUUUUCGACUUUUCCAAUGCUCAGCCAAAGGGUACAAAGUCAUCUUCCAACCAAGAUAUCUUUGAUCCUUUCGAAGGCGGAUUCCAGAAUUCUUCCGAACAAUUAAACCAAGACGAGAACGACUUCUUAGGCAACCAGGAUGAUGACGGACAGACAUUUGACCCAUUCUCAGGUGGAGAAGACGUUUUCGACCCAUUUGCAGGCCAACAACCACAAGAACAACAAAAACCAGCCGCAAGAAAAACAAUUACUUCUCAGGACACAACGGAUCCACUUCCGAAAUCUCUUCCUUCUUCAACAAACGCUUCUCAGAACGGUACUUUCGAUCCAUUCGGUGAUUUGACAUCACAAGGUACUGACUCGACCAAACCGAAACCGCCGUCAGGUGAUGGAUUUGAUCCUUUCGCAGGAAUGACAAAUUCUGCCAAAACAACCGCAAAACCGCCGUCAAAUGACACUUUUGAUCCAUUUGCCGGAGCAUCGAAACCAACAUCUUCCAACAAUAAUUUCGAUGCAUUCACAAAAUCAUCCAAUCCAGGAACAGCUAAGCAACCAUCAAAUGACACAUUUGAUCCAUUUGCUUCAAGUGUUCCAUCGAAACAACCACAGAGUUCCAAGGAUAUUAUGGACAUGCUCUCUGCUCCAUCUCCAAAGGUAAAUGAUGACACAUUUGAUCCUUUCGCUGGUAAUUCUAAACCAGUCCAGUCAAAUGCACCACAAGGUAUCGAUUCGACCAAACCGAAACCGCCGUCAGGUGAUGGAUUUGAUCCUUUCGCAGGAAUGACAAAUUCUGCCAAAACAACCGCAAAACCGCCGUCAAAUGACACAUUUGAUCCAUUUGCAAGCUCAUCCAAACCAGAACCAGCCAAACAAGCAUCAAAUGACACAUUUGAUCCAUUUGCAGGAAGUUCAAAGCCAGAACCUGUCAAAACCACCAUCAAACCGCCGUCAAAUGACACUUUUGAUCCAUUUGCCGGAGCAUCGAAACCAACAUCUUCCAACAAUAAUUUCGAUGCAUUCACAAAAUCAUCCAAUCCAGGAACAGCUAAGCAACCAUCAAAUGACACAUUUGAUCCAUUUGCUUCAAGUGUUCCAUCGAAACAACCACAGAGUUCCAAGGAUAUUAUGGACAUGCUCUCUGCUCCAUCUCCAAAGGUAAAUGAUGACACAUUUGAUCCUUUCGCUGGUAAUUCUAAACCAGUCCAGUCAAAUGCACCACAAGGUAUCGAUUCGACCAAACCGAAACCGCCGUCAGGUGAUGGAUUUGAUCCUUUCGCAGGAAUGACAAAUUCUGCCAAAACAACCGCAAAACCGCCGUCAAAUGACACAUUUGAUCCAUUUGCCGGCAGUUCUAAACCAGAACCAGCCAAACCAAAGCCGACAGCAUCAAACAAUGCAUUUGAUGCAUUCUCAUCUCCAUCUAAGUCUCCUUCUAAACCAACAACAAAUGAUACAUUUGAUCCUUUCGCUGGUGUCCAACAACAGAAACCAGCACGGAAACAAGCAUCUUCCAAUGCAUUUGAUAUGUUUGGUUCUGCUUCCCCUUCACCAGCAGCUUCAAACAAAGCUUCUCAAAACACAUUUGAUAUGUUUGGUUCUUCUUCUUCAACACAACAAAAACCAAAACCAUCAAAUGAUGUUUUUGAUCCAUUCGCUGGAAUGCAACAACAACAGAAACCACAGCCACAACAACAACAGUCUCUUAAGUCUAAAUUCGCUGCUCAGCCUCAACAACAACAACAGAAGCCACAACAGAAGUUGUUAGGAGCAGGUCCAUCACAACAGAACCAGGGCUCAAAGGGAUCAGAUGUCUUUGAUAUGCUUGGAUUCUAA